AUGUCUCCUUCUCCUCCCCUCAAAGUUGCUGUGAUCGGCCCAGCAGGUUUCGGUGGUUCUUACCUCUCCGUUGAACUACUAAAUCGAGGCCACACUGUAAUUGGGAUAUCUCGCAGCCCAGCAAAACUUGGAAAACACGAGCGCUAUGUCCCCCGACCUGUGGAUAUAGAUACAGCAUCGAUCGAAGAGAUAGCUGAAAAGUUCAAAGAUGCAGAUGCGCUUGUAUGUGAGUUUGGGCCUCAUACAACAGGAGCAGGUGCAUUGCUAUAUAUGCCCUUCCUCGAAUCCGUCCGCAAAAUCAUCCUCGCCCACAAACUCCACCCAACUCCUUACUUCCUCUUCGUUGGUGGCGCCGGCUCUCUCCACGUCCCCGGCACCUCGCUCCCCUGCGUCGACCACCCGGACUUCUUCCUCGCCUACCGCCGCGCAAUCUCCACAUCCCUCGCUCACAUCGCGUACAUGGAGGAGCGCCUCGGGAUUAUGGGCACGGCGCUGCGUCGGUACCGCUCUGCACGUCUGGCGUCGCCGCCCUCAGAAGAGGAUUUGGCUGUUAUAGCGGAAUAUGAGCGCCAUAUUCGAGGCAAGGAUGAUGCGAGCGAUUUCAUCAAAGCGGGGCGUACGGCGUAUAUGUUUUUCGAUGGGAGAACGGAUUUUAAGUGGAGUUUCGUUUCGCCGCCUGCGUUGUAUCGGCCGGGAAAGCGGACAGGGAAAUAUGAGAUUAGUGUGGAUGAUAUGGUGCUUUUGGGGAGCCAGAAGCAGGGGAAGGAUAUUUUCGAGGGGCGACUGACGGGGAUUAGUGUAGGGGAUAUGGCGAUUGCGAUUGCUGAUGAGGUAGAGCAGAAGAAGUUGGUUGGGACGCAUUGGUCGGCUUGGGGAGAUGUUAGUGAAGAUGUGCCUGCGCCUGCAUAUGCGUCAUUGGAGGGGGUGGAUGGAGGGAGUAAGUAG